CCGGAUCCAAGAAAGAGCGUCGAAAAUGGCGGAAUCUUUGAGACGUCUUGUGAAUAUCGGUACAUUCACUGUGCUCCAAGAGAAACUAGAGAGGUGGCUGGACAAUUACUACAUAAACACAUGUGACCAGAAUGUAGCCAGGUGUUGUGAGAUCGUAGAACUCAAUGCCAAAGUUCAAGGACAGCUGUUCAAACUCCUCCAGGUCACGGCCGAGUCAGGUGGCAUGUAUGGAGGAGCCAGCAUCAUCAAAUCCCGCCUCUUGCCAUUCCUUGGACAGAAUUUCUUCACCUCGGGGGGGUCUGUCACUGCCGAUACGAGCCUUAGUGUCCUCGCGGAGGCUGCUGCUAAGAACAAGGAAAUUGACGAAUUACAGGACAUGUACGAGACCUCACUCAACGAACUGGACGUAGACCUCAAAGAAAAGGAUGCCGAGAUUCAGGAACUUAAAGAAGAAUUAAUGGAAGCAAAAGAUGAGCUAAACAGAAGUCUUAGGGAGUCCACUAGCAAUAAAAUGUUGGGAGAGGUUGAAGUUCGAGAACUACGCAGAAAAUUAGCAUUAGCAGAAGAUGAAGUGCGCACCUUACGAUCAAAAGCGGGAAUGCUGACCGAUUACGAGACCCAGAUUCGUCAUCUCCGUGACGAUAUUGCCCUACUGACCGCUCGCAGAGAUUCGCUAUAUCGGUCAACUUCCAGCUUUGCUAAGGAUGACAGUAUUUUGUCCUCCACAUUGCGGGAGGAAAAAAAACCUGGGCUAGCUGAUGCUCAGGAUGAAAUUGUCAAACUGCGUUCUAAAGCAGGCCUGAUUGAUGAUUAUGAGCGACAGGUCAGAAACCUCAAGGAUGAACUGUCUCUGGCUUCUACCAAAAAGAGCUACCUGGACAGUGAUGUAUACAGCUCCCUGGGUUCCUACCGCUACACCCCCCGCGUGGGCUCCCCUCUCUCUAUUGACGACCCCGUACAGCGCGUCAGGCAGCAGAACUACAUCUCCCGCUGGAACGACAUGUUUUCUCAGGAUCGCCUCGAUGCCAUGGACACACUGCGGAGAUACUCAGACGACUACGAAAACAAUCAGAGAAUCAUCUUCCUGGGCAUUCAGGAGGCCUUCAGUGUAGCUAAGCUGGCAUUCCGUCAGUUUAAGAUGAAGGUCAGGGCUAACUUGGCAGCAACACACAUUGGUCCUGAGACGCUGGAGGAGGCCGUACAGGAUUACAUCAACCGUAACACGGACCUGUGUGACCUCACUGGAAUGGUCGCGGAUGUGAUCCGUGCUCUUAACCGCAGCCCUAAGGUCUUCCUUCCUCCCGACGCAACCUUCUCCAUCAUCCAGCCAUUUAUCCGCGAGGCCUGCAAACUCGCCUGGAACAUGAGUGCUCUCGCUCAUCCUCUGGACAUUGCUGUUGCUACAGAUGCUGAGCUCUUUGACAACAACAAAUACCGUCGCAGCUAUGAUUCUGAAUACACAGCACCGCUUGUGAACCACCACAUUUGGCCAGCUCUGAUGCAGGGAGCCAAAGUUUUGAUGAAGGGAGAGGCCUGCACCCGCAGGGGAGCUUCCCUGGGAGCCUCACGAAGAAGCAGGAGCCCCACUAGAUCUUCCAGCCCCUCCUCCAGGACUCGCUCUCGAUCCCGUUCCCUGAGUCCGUCUCGUCGACUUCGCAGCCGAUCAGUCAGCCCCAGCAGAAGCCGGAGCCCAUUUAGCUCCGGUGCGUGGUAGCAGGCACACUAUCCGUAUAUCUGUACCUGACGGUGUACGUUGACACUGAUUUAGUACACCUGCACUAGAGAGUGUACAUGGACAUAUUUAGGUGUUAUUUUCUAAAUUUACUAGUUAGACUCACCUCAUUUUUUCAUGGCUUAGUACAUUAUUUUUGGAUCAUGCUUUAUCAAGUAAAAAAAAAAAGUGUUAAAGUGUAUUUACAGUAAAGGUUCAUUUUUUCAAAAAGAAAAAUACUGAAUCGGUAAAUAUCGUUGAGUUUGUGUAUUAAUGAUUUCGUGUGACUAUUAAUCCUGAAUAUGAUAUUGUUGUCCAUUUUAUUUCUCUCUGUUUCAGUUGUUAAAGGUGUGAGAUUGAGGCACCAUUUACCUGCUCUGAAUCUCACCUAUCUUUGUCACUGCUAGGCAGGGCCAGAGAUUCUUUUGUUAAUUAUCAGGGUUUUUACAGCAGGAAACAUACAAGGGAUUUUUUUCUCUUAAUGUAUUUUUUUUAUUAAGUAAAUAUUAACCCUCAGUGAAUUUAAUUCAUUGAGUUUCAUAUCUAUGUUGAGUUUUAUAAGAUAU